CGGACACAUCCGCCGUACUCCGGGCCCGUCUCGGCGCUCCUCGCCUCGCUCCCAAAUACCAAUUGCACGCGGCUUCCGGCAGAAAUCCCCCAAAUUCCCGGCCCCUCGAUCGCCUCCUCCGCGCGCGCAAAACCCUAGGCCGGCCAGUUCCACCCCCGUCCCCCGCCGGCGACGCCCCUGCGCCCUCGCGCGCUCGCUGCAUCCUCGCGGUUUGAGGCGCGUGGAGCGAAAACCCUAGCCGCCUCCAGUCGGAUCCCUAUCCCGCGAGGAGGCGGGGAGGGAGGGCGCCCCCCCGCGCGCGCCGCGCCGCAGAUGGAGUCCGCGGCGACGCGCAAGGAGUGGCGCGCCGUCCCCGACGCCCCGCCCCGCUCCAAUGGCGCCGAGGAUGCCACGGAGCACGCGAAGCUGGGGCAGUCGGAGGACAGGGCCAUGUAUGAGGAAGGGGCGGGGGGACUGGAGGACUUCUGCUCCAUCACGAUCGACGGGAGCGGGGGGCUCAGCGUGGACAUCCUGCAGCAGCGCCUGCAGAGCGUCGUGCGCCAGAGGGAGGAGCUGCAGCAGGUCGAGAUCGAGCUGCGCGCGCAGGCCCUCGCACACCCGCAGAUCAUUGAGGCGCAGCGCAGCUUCCAGGCGGUUGCCAAGGAGCAUGCUGCAGCUGCGGCGAAGCUCAAGGAUCAACUGCAUGAACGGGAACAGUACAUUCUCGAGCUAGAAAUGAAACUCAAUGACAAGGAUAGGGAAUUGAACUCUUUGAAGAUAGACCAUCAAACGGUGUGGGCAAAUCAAGAUCUUCUUAGAGAACAGACCAAAGAGCUAGCUACUGUCAGAAGAGAACGAGACAACUCUGAAGCUGAAAGAGCCCAACAUCUUAAACAAAUUCAUGACCUCCAGGAGCAUCUGCGAGAAAAAGAAAACCAAUUUAUUGCAUUAGAGGAACAACAUAGGGUUGCUCAAGAGAACAUUCUUUACAAAGAUGAACAGUUGAGGGAAGCCCAUGCUUGGGUUGCGCGAGUUCAAGAAAUGGAUGCUUUGCAAUCUCAGUCCCUGCAAGUUGAGUUACGUGAGCGUAUGGAGCAAUUUAAUCAAUAUUGGAUCAGUUCCCAGCAACAGUAUGCUGAAAUGCAGCGGGGCUUUGUGCAUACAAUACAACAACUUCAGCUAGAACUAACUGAGGCAAGAGAACGGUCUGGUGCACAAAAAGAUGGUCCGCAAGUUUCUCGGGAGGGUUCAGCUGAAUCAUCAUUUGUUCAAAGCAUAGCGAACAGUGUGGCUUCAAAUGGUAGUGCAACAGCAGAUGGCAACCAGACAGUGAAAAAUAAUGGAAGUGUGGAUGUCUCUGAAAAGGGGAAUAACACCUCUGCCGUACCUGUUGUGCCAUCUUCUCUAGUGGGAAUAGGUGGUUAUGUUCCGUCUGCGUAUAUUUCUGGGAUGCAUUCUUAUAUGAUGCAUCCUCAAGGUAUUCCUCAACCUUUAACAUCACCCAACUCUGGUGCUCCUCAAUUUGGCAGUUUUCAGUCACAGUCUACUAGUCAACCAAACCUACACUGGCCUAGUCAGCAGGAAGCACAAAAUGUCUCACAAACACAAGCUGAAACAAACUAUCAGCCAUCCCAAUCAGAUCAGACUGCAUUACAACCAGGUGCUAUUAAUGAUGAUAGACUGUCCUCUAAGCCAAGUCAGGUUAGCCAUCCAGAUCAUCUUAAAGCCCGUGGGGAACAACAGAGUCCCACAGGUGCACAUGUGGAAUCAACUCAUGAACUUAUGGUUAUGGAAUCAAAUACAGCCGAACAUGUAGUUUAUGAUGAACAGCAAAAAGCCUUCAAAGAACAGGAUUCACCUUCAAAUGUGGACAACCAUACUGGAAUUGCUGAAUAUCAAGAGCAAAUGACUGAAUUGAAGGAUGAAAGAGUUGCAUCUGACAAGCAAUCUGAGCAGGUACCUAGUCAGCAGCAUACAUCUUCUAACUUUGCCGCGUCAACUACCCAGAUUCACUUAAAAAAUAGUGCGGCAGAGUUCAAUCCUAGUGUUGUAAAUCAGGUUGACACGGUGAAAUCAGCUGGGUGUGGUUUUGGUUCAUCAUUACCUCGUGUACCAAAGGAACCUUCUCUUCUAGAUGAGAGAUCUCUUCUGGCUUGCAUUGUACGUGCAGUUCCUGCUGGGCCUGAGGGUGGAAUCAGGAUUAGUACAACUCUGCCAAAUAGGCUUGGGAAAAUGUUGGCUCCUCUUCAUUGGCACGACUAUAAGAAGCAAUAUGGGAAGCUAGACGAUUUUGUGGCUAGUCAUCCAGAGCUCUUUGUGAUUGAGGGAGACUUCAUUCACCUUCGUGAAGGAGCACAGCAGAUCAUUUCUGCUACUACUGCUGCUGCAAAAAUUGCUGCUGCUACGGCAUCUUCUGCCCCUUACUCAUCUUUAUUGCCUUCUGUUGCUGUUACACCUGUGGCACAAAGCACUCGGCAAAAGAGAGGGCCUGUAGUUGAUUCCAGAUCUUCAAAUACGAUUCCCUCUGGAAACGGUUCUAUCACAACCAACUUCACAGAUCAGUUUAACAUCAGCCAGGGGGUAGGUGAUGUAACAAUUUCAGUCAAAGUAAAACACAGCCAAGAUAAUGGUUUCUCAGAUGAAAUCCGAACUGGGCAGUCAUCUAUGCACACAGCUGCUGCAAAUGGAGUGAGGCAUGAACGAGCUGGUCCACCUGCACAUUACAAAAGUGUUAGUAAUAUCAGACAUGGUUACGGAGGAAAGCAACAGGGGAGAUCUACAGGGGCGGCAUACAUUUCCAGAAGAUGAAGUGGCUUUCACUGGGAUCCGAUUGGUUUUAAGGGUGGUGAACUGGUCGGAACCCAUUAAGUGGCAAUGUUUUGGCUUGAAACGGUCGAUGUUGAAGAUGACCUGAAUUAAUUAUUCUAGAUUUAUUUUUGCACCAUUGCUCGUCACAGUGCCUGUACGGGGCCUUGUUUGUGGCAAGCUGUACUGAAAUCCCAUAGCCCAAAAAUCAGAAGAAGGCCGUGGAAGUUUUGCAACUAUGUAACUUGCCUGUGCUUGUAUUGUGGUGCACUCGAAUGAUGUGAUAGUGUCAUAUACCCGUUUGGCAUGAUA